CGCGCCGUGCCCGGCACUCGGUCUCGCGGCCGAUCGCGCUCGCUUCCGGGCCGUCUGUCGUUCGUGGCACUUGGCUAUGCGCCAGCACGUUCCGGCUCCAAGGCAGAUCCCCUGGAUUGUCAUGUCCGAUGGCUCGUUCCUCACACCUUCGGACGUUGCCGGCACCUCGCCCGCGCGCAUCCCCUCCUUGCCCAGGAACGCGAGAUGCGUAGCCUCGGCUGAUAGUUGGCUCCUUCUCGACCGCACGGAUGUCAGGAAGAAGAUGCAUAGCUACUUCUUGCAUGAUCCCUUCACCAACACGACUGUGCCGCUCCCAGAGCUUGACGCUGUGAUCGGCCAUGCUUCUGAGCUUUUCGGGGUCCACAAACUGCGUAUGCGGACGACCCCUUACGACAUCAUAGUCGUCAUGACCAAUAAUUGGAAUUAUCCUAUCAUCUUGAUCCGGCCAGGGAAGGGUGUGUGGUUGCCUAAGCCACAAACUGCUCCCUUCAUCUACAUCGUCGACACUGCAUUUCUUGGAGACAAGCUAUAUGGAAUCACUCACGCCGAGGAUCUUGUCUCUUUUGGUAUAGAUUUCGACAACAAAGGCGUACCCACCAUCACAACUAUCGAGCGCCUCAUCAGGCACCCACCGAGAAAUUAUUGGUUCAAAGUGUGGAGCGAUGAUAAUGGAAAUUUUGACUCCGCGAACAAUGAUACGGGAAAUAUAGAUGAGGUCGCCAAUAAUGAGGAACAGAGUAAAGAGGACACCAUAGAGCAACGCCGGAAGAAAACCGGCGAUGACAUGAUUCUUGAAGGCAUUACUGCUUGGUCGGAUGAUGAGGAUGAAGUUAGGGACCACUGGUACUUAGUCGAGUCAUGUGGAAAACUAUUAAUGGUGAUACGACAAGUUCGAGUGCCCUCCUAUAAUAUCAGCUCCACUCUCAAGGUAGAGGUUUAUGAGGCGGAUGCCUGCAAAGGUGCCCACUGCUGGGUGCCGAUUGUUGGUGGGCUAGGCAGCCAAACGCUUUUCAUCGGCAGAUUCUUCUGCAAGUCUAUUUCAACUUGUGAUGAGGCGGACCAAGAUGCUAUUCAUUUUAUCGACACGGGGGAGAAAUACAACAUGAAGUCACAAACUAUGAGCAAGUCAUGGAGGGACAUCGAAUACUUUGAGUCCAUGUGGAUCUUUUCUCCCAAGCUAGUGGUUUAAUACUAGUAUCUGUUUUUUGAACCAAAGUUCAAUAGUAUUUGUAACGACUUAGAAAAAUUUCAUACUAUGUAACAAUAUGCCAUUUGUUAGAUAUAAGUACCCACGGAGUGUUUUUUCAUCGCACAAUAUUCCUCCUUUGUUUUAAAAGACACCAUACAAUGUUUUUUUGGCGGGGUACACUAUGCAAUGUCGUAAGAAAAGCAACGUUAUGCAAAGUUGAACUUUAAAAACAUAUGAGGUUACGCAAAGUUGUAACCUAGACUACCAAGUCUCCACAUCAAAACAAUAAAAGAAAACUACUAUCACGUUGCAUAAAAAAGAAAGAGAGAGCGAGAACGAUGCAUGCAUCAACAAUGCACGAGCAUCAUUGUUUUGCCUAGGCAGAAUCAUUGUUGGAAAAUGAUACAGAGAAGCGCCGCACCGUACGCUCUCUCGUGCGGCG